AUGGCUCAGAAGUCUCGAAUCUUGUUGGUUGGCUGUGGAGGAGUCGGCACCAUCGCUGCCCUGAACCUUGAGCAUGGAAACAAGGCUGAGGUUUCCUGUGUCUUGAGGUCGAAUUUUGAGAUUGUGAACAAGCAGGGUUUCACGAUACGGUCGUGUGAACAUGGUGACCUUACAGAGUGGCGACCAAGUCACGUUCUGGAUAGAGUUCCAGACGUAUCCAAUUCAGACAUUCAGCCCUUCGACUACAUUGUGUGCUGCACGAAAAACACACCAGACAUCAAACCUAUUGGCCAAAUUAUUGCGCCUGCAAUUUCGCCCAACCACACGGUCAUUGUUCUGAUUCAGAAUGGGCUUAACAUUGAAAAGCCUUUGAUGGCUCAGUUUCCUCAAAAUAUGGUUCUGUCGGGAGUCAGUCGCAUUGACGCUCAUGAAAUUAGCAAAGGCGUGAUCGAGCAAAAGCAACGAGAUCUUCUCUAUAUCGGACCCUUUCCUUCCCAGCCCCAUGACGCAGAAUCACUCAGCAAAUCUGCCCUGCAUUUUAUCGAUAUAUAUGGCGCUGCGGGUAAAACCACUUGUCUCUACAGGCCUGAUGUUGGGUAUGACCGCUGGGCUAAAUUGGUUUACAACGCGACGCUCAAUCCCGUUUCCGCUCUAGUGGAUUUAAACACGGGGGAGCUUCAGAUGACUAGUGUCGUUGACACCCUGGUCAUUCCAGCUAUGAAAGAAGUUAUGAAAGUCGCAGGAGCCGCGGGUCAUAAGCUUCCAGAUGGGAUCAUUGAAGAAACCAUCCGCAGUAAUCCCAUUGAGAAGAUGAUUACGCCUAGUAUGCAGGUUGACACUCAGGCGGGAUCGUUUAUUGAGCAUGAGAAUUUGCUUGGAGAGGUAUGCCGUGAGGCUCAAAGACUCGGCGUAAAUGCUCCGAUCCUCUCUACAUUGUAUUCUUUAUGUGUUGCUGUUCAAUGGCGGACCAAGAAGAAUAAAGGCUUAAUAGACAUGAAUGGCUCUUAG